GACGCGUCACCUUCCGUUCCGCACCUGCGCCGCUCCGCCGCGCGCCGCCUGUCCGACACCGGGCGGCCUUCACUUUAGGAUUAUUAUUAUUGUUGUUAUUAUUAUUAUUAUUUUACUUUGUCUUAUGAUUCAUUAAGUCAUAUCAGACUUCUCUUGGCGUCACGCUGCAACGUGGACCGCUACGUCACCACGCAGUGCGUCACUCUGCAGACAGCGCGCCAAACAGCAGCAGCAGCAGCAGCAGCCGCGUGUCUCUGCAGACAGUAAUCUGUAAUCUGUAAUCUGUAAUCUGUAACCUGUAAUCUGUGACAUUCUGGAGGAUGCGGAUCUAUUUUUGCGGCAGUAUCCGCGGCGGACGGCAGGACGUGUCCGUGUACCAGCGGCUGGUCCGGAAGCUGCAGACGUACGGCACCGUGCUGACCGAGCACGUGAGCGACGGACAGCUCAGCGACACAGGUGAGGACGCCUCUCUGAAGGGAGACAAAUUCAUCCAUGACAGAGACGUGGACUGGCUCAGCAGCACAGACGUGGUGGUUGCCGAGGUGACGCAGCCGUCUCUGGGCGUCGGCUAUGAGCUCGGCCGCGCCGUCGCCAUGAAGAAGAGGAUCCUGUGUCUGUUCCGCCCGUCGUCUGGACGCACGCUGUCGGCCAUGAUCCGCGGCGCGCAGGACGAGCUCUUCCUGGUCAGAGACUACGAGGAGGACGAGGCUGAGAACGUUCUGGAAGAGUUCUUCAAGAACCUGCAGAGAACCUGAGGAGAGAACGGAGUUCCACAGCAUGAACACAUGAACACAUGACAACAUGACAACAUGAACACAUGACAACAUGACAACAUGACAACAUGAACACAUGACAACAUGACAACAUGACAACAUGAUAACAUGACAACA